AUGUACAACGGUCAAAGAGACACGCUAAAACCGAUUAGCAAGUUGAGAUCAAACUCGAGUACCGGGUACCAGCCCCAUAAACAAUCGGAAUCCACAUCUAGCAUUCAUCCUCCUGAGCACUUGACAGAGUUCUAUUCGUUCGUGAGUAACAAGUCAAACGGGUCAAUCACUCCGCAGCACAGCCCCAACGUUAGAGAUUUCCAACUGCUGGAGUUCGGAUCUAAACGGGUCACGAGGCAGCCAUCGCUCAAUACUUUCACGUCGUUCACUCCAUCUGUGAUGGAUUUACCCAAUAUUCUCACGUCCAAGGACUUUGAGGCAUCGAUACAAACUUAUGAAAACACCCUAAAGAAGGCGGAGAGGUUUCGUCGUGCAUUGUUACAGGUGUCUGAAGCAGCCAGUGAAUUUGGAGAAGCGUUGGAAAACACAAUCAAUGAAAACCCUAAAGUCAAUAAUUCCAAACAGGUAUCGGAUGGACUAAUCAACGCAGGAAGUUUGCAGUAUAUUGUAGGCAGCAACAACCAGAUCUUGAGCAGACUUUUGGAACAAAACUUUCAAGAGCCCUUGAAGAAAGAAUUGCAUCGAUUAAAAGAAUCCUACCGUAGUAAUCAUGAAUACUACCAACAAGAGGUUAAGGCCAAAUCUAGGGAAUUACGAUUGAAAGAACUUGAGAAUAUCCGGCUUUCCAAGUUGAAGACCCGAAAUCUAUCGGUAUACAAAAAUAACUUGAUCCACUUGACUAGUCAGCUCGAUGAAAUCGAUCGGUUGAAAUACGAUUAUUAUGUGGACAUCAACACUAUGAUUGAAGAAUUCAACCAGAACCAGCUUCUUAUAAGGACAGGCUCAAUAAUCAGAGCCGAAUUGGAACUCUUUGAAGGAAUCGCCCGAAAAGGGUGGUCUGGUGGAGGACUUGACAAACUUCUUGAGAUUUCCCCAGAUUUAUUUGCAGUCGAUUACGAGGAAGAAACAGGGACCAAAGACCCGGACAAUGGGCUUGGAAUGGAAAGCAUCAACGAAGAAGAGGAUACAUUAGACAGCACGCAUGGCAAUAAUAACGGGAAUCAGACCCUUGACAUCGUGCGCAGUGACAACGAAGGAGUACAACCUGGGGCGAGCAGCCCACCAGCCUCGUGCGACACCGAUGGUGUUGCGUCCCAAGCGGAGGAGGACGGCAGUACGGAGACCGAGCCUCCAAGUCACAGCCUACUGGCCCUAACGAUGGACGAAUCUUUCUCCUUACCCAAAGUGAAUUCGGGACCAUUACAGAAAGUAGACUUUCUGACAGAGAACAUUCUUGAAGAUGUAGUAGACUGA